GGAACUGGAAGAAGCCUCAUCACCAGAUCACGCUCACCUGCCACUGUCACUGUGCCAGCACUGCACUGAGCAGUGAGUACAUGUGAUGAUGUGUGAGUAGACAACCAGUCAACCAGGUCCAUGCCAGGUCAACACUCAACAGACAACACUGCAUCUCCAGCAGUUCAGUCCAGAAUCAGCGCAAAGUCAAAGUAGGAGAAAUCAAGUAACAAGCGAGAUACAUGACCGUAGAUUUAGCGGAUCGUUCCAGUCCACCGACCAUGGAGCUCUGAUUGACACUAGUGUCUCUUCCCCAGAAAGACUACCUCAAUACUAGAUACACAGGACAAUUCCGACUUGUAUUUUGUGGCAGAUCUGUGAUCGCAGCAAUGCCGAUCUUCAAGCGAUCCGAUGAGAAAAAGAAAGCAUCGCUGAAGCGCCCAGUGCGCCAGGCUUCCGUACCAGCCCCACCACCACCCAAGCCAGCGUCGCUAAGUCCGCUGAACGUGGCUUCAAGUUCCGAUGCAGGUGGGCCGCUACAUCCGCACCGCGACUUGUCGUUUCACGUUCAGCUUGCGCACGGCAGUGCAACGAAGAGAGUGAAAGAUUUCAGGAACGUUCGCGAGCUCUACCAUCGAAUCUCUGCCGAAUUCAACAUCUCGGCAGCUGAGAUUCUCUUCUGCACUCUGAACACACACAAAGUGGACAUGAGCAAGCUACUGGGUGGCCAGAUCGGGCUGGACGACUUCAUAUUCGUACACGUCCAUGGCCACAGCAAAGAAGUGACGAUCAACAAGUCUGAGCCGUCCCUUGGCCUCACGGUUACCGAUAACGGUGCCGGCUGUGCGUUCGUCAAGAAGAUUAAGGAAAGCAGUAUAAUAUGCAAGACACCCGAGGUCAGCAUAGGUGAUCACAUUGUCUCAAUCAACGGUCGCAAUCUGUACGGCACUCGUCACUAUGAGGUGGCUAAGCUCCUGAAGGAACUACCACAGCACUGCGACUUCACCAUGAAGCUCAUUGAGCCACAUCGGGCAUUUGAUGCCAUUGCACCGAGAGCAGCAGCAUCCAAGGCUGCUUCAAGCACCGAGGAGACAGUGGGAACCGGUCGCACCACGCUGAGACUACGUGCCGACGGGCCACCCGUACUGGAAACACUACCGGAUGAGACAACAUGGACCAGUGAAGCAUCAGCUUUGGUGGAUGAGCUGUUAGAAUCUUUCAUGGGAAUAAGAGAUAUUGAGCUAGCCGAUGCUAUGGUUCAACUGGCCAAGGACGUGACAGACUAUGCGAUCUUUGCAUCGGCCAUGGAGCAGGAGCUUGGAGAGUUUGAGUUUCCGGAUGAGUUCAUCGCGGACGUAUGGGCAGCCGUGUUGCAGGCGCGAAAAUCACGAUAGCUCCCACCUGCUGGCUGAGUGACUAUUCUGCUGGUAUCAACGCUGUGAUGCAGACUCUGUGUCUGUGUGCUGUGAUGCAGACCCUGCUGUGACGACAGUGAGCAUUGUGUGGCAGGCAGUGUGCUGCGUUACCAUGGUAAAGAUGGUGGACACCGUGGAGGAGCACCCAGACGCAUGCUGAACGAAUCAAGAUUGGCUGGUGCAGCUUGCAUGCACGUCAAAGUCUGUAGGUGAACCCUACUGGGACCUGAGAUAUCUGAUUUCAUCACGUUUAAGUGUAUCAAUCACCUGCCGGACACCAGUGUGCGUGACGCUAUGCUGGGAAGAAGACAAGGCGGCGAUAGCAAUACAUAUUAUCAUUAUUACGCUGUCCCGCCACACUUCUCGUCUGCCGCCGACGUAGCUGUGUGGGGCCCACAUUGACACAGGAUCAAAUUGCUACGGCCCGUUGCUCACUACUCUAGCAAAGUCCACCCCCCCCUCCCCCCCCCCCCCCCCGAACACCAGUCCAGCAUGUUCUAAGUGCAUAUUUUUUUAAUACAAAAUUCCCGUACUAAGAUUGAGCCCAAGCCGUUCCUGUGCGUCAUUCGAUAUGCACACGGGACGUACGGAUUGACACUAUAAUUAUUCAGUUUUCCAGAAAUAGGUCUAUACCUCAGCUGACUGCAUUUCUUGCCUCUUAGCGUACGUAGGAUUUCGUCUUCUCUUGAUUAUGUUGAGUUGCUAUCUGCUGGAUAUAUUAGUUUUAAAAUUCUAGGUCAUAGCGAUGAUGCUGUGCCGAAUAUUGCCACACGUUUUGUCCUUUGCACUGGCCCACUAAUGCUCAGUGUGUGCUCUAUGUUGUCAUAUCACCAGGUGACAAUAUACACUCUGAGUGCUCUGCAUUGCAUGCCCAAUGGCUCUGCUAUGUAAAGAGACCGCUACUGUUGUUGUUGUUGCUGCUGCUGCUGCUGCUGUUGCUGCUGCUGUUGUUGUUGCUGCUGCUGCUGUUGUUGUUGUUGUUGUUGAUUUUUUGGACGGAUUCUCCAACAGCAAAUGGAUGCUUAUCGAGAGUCUGCUUGACAGCAUAAGAAUGCAAUGUAUUGCGAUGCAUGUUUUGCCAA